UAAAGUCUUCUGCUAUUGCUGUGUUUUGCUGGUGUCUCCGGCUUGGUUCAUCAGAGACGAGAAGAUCACUUUGGUGACAAUCAUAUAGUGAUAAGGUUUUUCAUUAUCAAUGACCCAAAGACUUUCCUCCAUCAAAGAGCAUACUGGGAAAAGAGAAACAAAAGAAAGAACAACAAGUGCAAAUACUGUUGUGUUCCCUCGUGUGAAAACCCUAAUUCUGGACGAGUUGCCAAAAUUUACUGGAUCGUCCUCCAGCAGGGAUGGUUUUCGUGGUGUUAAAUGGCUUGAGUUGGAUACGGUGGAAGUUUCUUCCUGUCCCAACAUUGGCGAGUCAAUGUUGGGAAAGGUGGACAGAUCUCUUUUGAAGAAAGUCACUGUGAAAAACUGCCGGCCAUGGGCAGGUGAAGAUCUCGAGAGCAACAUCGGUUAUCUCUCUGAGUUAACUGAUGAAAUCUCCAAAAUUGAAAAUUUAAGGAUCGAUGACUCGAAGGAGUUGCAGAAAUAUAUGAGAAUGGAGCUUCAUGAAUCAUCUUUCAGGCAACUGAAAACUGUAGAGGCCUUCCAUUGCGGCAAUGAGUUGAACGAGUUUUUGUCCAUUUUGCUUCGCCGGUCCAGUAAGCUUGAGCGCCUGACAGUGGAAUCGUGCGACCUGCUGGAACAGGUUUUCCAUCUCACAGGAAUUGUUGCUGAAGAAGGAAAUCUGAAAUUCCCCAAUUUGAAGACAAUGAGAUUGUGUUCGUUACGCAAUUUGAAGUGCAUAUGGAACAAGGAUCCAAGGAGGAUUGUGGAACUCGGCAAACUAGUUAAAUUAGAGAUAAUCGAUUGUGGGUUACGCCAGGGUCCACUUUCGAUUGCUUUACUGGAAAAACUUGUUCUUCUGGAGGAAUUGAAGAUAGAGUCAUGUAAGAUGCUGGAACAAGUCGUAGAGGACAACGAGGAAAUGCAGGAGAGAUCAUUUCAUGGUUUAAAGGAUCUUUAUCUUGCAGACCUCCCAGAGUUGAUCAAGUUCAGCUCAAGGAACUGCAAUGUCGGAUUUCCUAAUCUACUGAGAUUGACGAUAAAAAAGUGUCCAAAAUUGAUUGAAUUUACUGCCGGGCUUUUAAGCAACCAGAAAGGGACAUCUGGUGGUGUGCCGCAGAAAGAGAUGAUGCACGCAUGCCCUAAAUUGGAGAGGUUGAUGCUGGAAGGCCUAGAAUUGUUGAGCGUGGAAGUGGUUUCCUUGAGCAAAUGGAGUUAUACGAGGAUUGCGGGGUCAAACAAGUUGAACAAACUGGUUGUAAGGAAUUGCAGUUCUCUUCGAAGCCUGGAACUGCCCACAAAAUGUUUGAAUCUGAAAGAGAUUGAGAUUUGUGACUGUAACAUUUUGGAAGAGAUUGCCACUGACCGUGUAGAAGGAGGAAAAACGGACCAGGAAACUUCCGGUCAUUUAGAAUCUAUUGUUCUUGAAAAUCUACCAAAGCUCUCAUUCUUGUCCUCGGAGACCUGUGAAUUUCCAUCACUCAAAAAACUGAGAAUAAUUAACUGUCCUGAGGUUGGGAAGAAAUUGUUAUCAGGGAACGUCUCUGCUAAAGCAGCGGACCACUCGUCGGACAAGAGGAGUUUAGCACGUGUGUUAUUUGAUGACAUAGAGGAGGAAUCCCUUCAUGGUGAGGGCAAAAUGAAAAUACCUCCUGAGUUAGAAUUACUGGAGUUGGCUGAUUUACCCAAAAUGCAGUUGUGGAAGCAGGAACCUGAGUUUCCAGUGUUUCGAAAUCUGGCCGACCUUAAAAUCAUGCGUUGUGGAAUCAUGGAAAAAUUAUUUUCCAUUCCGGUGGCCGAACACCUCUCACGUCUGAGAUUGCUAUCAUUAUAUGAAUGUGAAAAUAUGGUUCGAGUUCUUGAAGGACGUGGAGAAGGAAAGAGUAAACAAGUAGUAAAGUUCCCAAAGUUGGAGACACUUGUGCUUAAACACCUGCCAAGACUCACCAGUUUCUGUGAAGAAGCUGUUAAUUCUUUUGAAUUCCCAGAGUUAAAGAUGGUUAGAGUAGAGAAAGUUCCAAACAUGAACACAUUUGUGAAGCAACCUCUCAGAACUCCAAAAUUGAAACAAGUUUAUGUGACACAUAUUAAGAAAUGCUGGCUACAAGACCUGAACGAGACAAUAACACACUUGCGCGAAAAUCAUGAUAAACUUAAAAGGGAGGUUUGGAAAACUGGCAUUGCCAGACUAACUGAAACCGACAGCCUCAAACGUUAUGCAGACGAAGCUGAAAAAAGCUCGUCACAGGGCAAGUUCGAGAUUAAGGAAGCAGCAGCAGAGAUGGAAUUGCAUGAAGGCAUGCACAGGAAAUCAUAUGAAGAAAACAAAAAAGAGAUCGAAGAAGAACGAUGAAUAUGUGUGUGGCGGUAAUUGCUGUGUGUGUGUGAGGGAAUCAACAUUCUUAAUUAGAGAGUAUGUAUGUUUUACCGGUCUCCUUCUACUAUGGCAAUACGUGUUUGGAAUGAUGUUGAAUGGACAAUGAAGGAAUAGAAAGAGAGACAUGGAAAUGGGAAUAGGAAUAUGAAUAAUAUAAUAUUACUUGAAA